AGCAAAUUGUGGAAUAUUUUGCUACAAAGAAAUUAUUGUUUUUAUACCAAAAACAUACUAAUAAUCAUAGCAAAAUAAUUAAGAACUUACUAGUUUUGCAAAAUAUUCAUUAAAAAAAUUUGUCACCAUACAAAGUGACCAUAGUAACAAUUUAAAUUGUUGUUAUUUUUUCCACAAAUAUUAAAAUGGAUUUCUAUUAUUUACCCGGUUCAGCACCCUGUCGCUCUAUCAUGAUGACUGCCAAAGCUUUGGGCAUUAAACUUAACAAGAAACUGCUGAACUUACAAGCUGGCGAACACUUAAAACCGGAAUUCUUAAAAAUCAAUCCCCAACAUACCAUUCCCACCUUGGUCGACGGCGAUUUCGUCUUAUGGGAAUCUCGUGCCAUUUUAGUCUACUUAGCUGAAAAAUACGAUAAAAGUGAAACUUUAUAUCCCAAGUGUCCUAAAAAGCGCGCUGUAAUAAAUCAACGUUUAUACUUUGAUAUGGGUACUCUAUAUCAAAGCUUUUCCGAGUACUACUAUCCACAAAUCUUUGCUAAAGCUCCCGCUGAUCCUGAGAAGUAUAAGAAAAUGGAAAUGGCUAUGGAUUUUCUUAAUACUUUUCUUCAAAAUCAAAAAUAUGCCGCCGGUGAUACAUUAACUGUUGCGGAUUUGGCUUUAUUGGCCACUGUAAGUACAUUUGAAGUGGCAGGUUUUGAUUUUAGUAAAUAUAAAAAUGUCGCCAAAUGGUAUGCUAAUGCUAAGGCUGUAGCUCCUGGUUUCGAUGAAAACUGGGCAGGUUGUUUGGAAUUUAAGAAGUAUUUUGAUUGAUUUAAGAGUUAAUGAUUUUUAAUUAUUGUAAAAUUAAUUAACUUUAAAUAAAAUUAUUGAUUUCAUUUAAAA